AUGGGCCGAAAGCGCGGAGGGGAAGGAGGGGCUGGAGGAGACGAUGCAAUCCCCAGCCUGCCGGCAGGAGCCCUGGAUCCCGCAGCGCUCGGUUUUCCACUGCCACCUGGAGGAGUGCCAACGGCGCCGUUGCCCGGAGGCCCACCGCCGGGCGGAGCACCUCCAGGUGGGCCUCCGGGUGCUCCGAGCUUUCCGGGCUUUCCCGGCUUGCCACCGGGCGGACCACCAGGUGGUCCAGGCCUCCCCUUCCCAGUGCCCCCAGGCCUCGCAGGCCUCGCGGAUCCGAAAGCGCUCGGCUUUCCAGGGCCGCCAGGAGGUUUGCAGCUCCCGCCAGGUCUCCAACUCCCUCCAGGAGUGCCGGCUCCGCCAAAGGCACCGGGCCUCCCGGGCGGCUCCGCUCUGCCGCCGCCACCUCCGGGGAUGGGCCUUGGGGGACUUCAGCUCCCACCUGGAAUCGGUCCACCACCCGCACUGCCGAAGCUGCCCUUCCCCGGCAUGCCGCCGCCCCCGAACUUGGAUUCUGAAUCCUUGGCGCAGAUGAGGUUCCAACAGGUGGCCUCCGAGUACGAGCAGAUCAAAAGUGCCGGGAUCGAUCCACAGGUGGCAGAGCUUGCGGAGUACCACGGGCUAGAUGAUCGUGCAACACGUGCCCUCGACGAAGAAAUGAAAAAGCGAAAAGAUUCGUUUGAAUCGGAUCUGCAAGCUCUUUGGGUUGGCUUGGAAGGAUCCAAAAACCCAUCAGGAAUGCUGAUGAUGAAGCUGAAAGACAUGCGGAUGGGGACUUUCAAGGGCAUGACGGCAUUGAACAAGAAGAUCCAAGACUUCGCCAAGAGAAAUCGCCUGGAUGCACAGGCUGCUGUAAAGCUGGCGGAGGUGAUGGAAAACCGUGACGAUGUGGACGGGGACCUGAUGAAACUUGCGAAGCAUCUCGAGCGCUCCAACAAGCCCUCCUCCCUGGUCAUGAUGAUGCUCCGGGACCUCCGCGAGGGGAAGCCCGUCAAGGACCCCGAGUACGCAGCUGCUAUUGGCAGCAAGGUGCACGAGCGAGAGCUCCGUCAGUCAGCGAAGGACCGACUGGGGUUGAGCACCUUGCAUACACGAGUCCUGGUGGAUUUUCUUUCAGGCUAG